AUGAGCCAGGCGAAGACGAAGACCGCGCUCGAGAUCGCGCGUAAAGCGGCGGAGAUCUUCGGGCAUCACCUCGGGAACGGACUCCCGAGCGGACGGAAGAUUUUACGGAAGCCCCUGAUCGGGGAGCGUCUGGUGAACUGGUACCCGAGUUCGAUGGCGAAGAUGGAUCCGUUGUUCGCGGAUCCCGGCGACGCGAGGAGAAAGGUGAAGCUCGAGCGGAUGAAACGGCGAGGGAAAGGGCCGCCGAAGAAGGGCGAGGGAAAGCGCGCUUCAAAGGGGAAGUGA